CAUUCUAAUGAGCCUCCUCCUCCUGGGUUUAUUCACCCUCCUGGAGACGCUGAUGGAGGCUUUGGUGGUGGUCCUCGUAGUUUUAGAUCCGCAACACCUCAAGUUCCUCCACCUGACUAUGAUUCUGCUUGUCGAGAUUCAUCUACUCGCCGUCAUGCCUAUCCAACGGCACCAUCCUCAUCUGCAGAGCCGGGUUAUGGCUGGGCAGAAACUGCCGAUCGACCCACCAACACACGCUACCAGAGCCAUUGGGUGCGUGGAGGUGGCAGCCACACUCAGACAUAUACUGAACAACAGGCCCCCUCACAAAGAGAUCGCAUCACUAACAACGGCUGGUCUUCUUUCUUCACUGGAACUGCUAUAGGCGGCUUGAUGGGUUAUCUAUUCGGUUCUAGAUCACACAAUACUGGCGCCCGCGCCAGCUCCCAAAGUUCCUCAAACUGGUUUGGGGCAUCUCAAGAUUUUACAUGCCCUAGUUAUCAAAAUAUUCCGACUGAACCACAAUUCUAUUCUGGAUCCUCUGCCUGGACCUCCCCAAGGCGUAGAAGCUCACCUUCGGCAUCUCCGGAACAAGAGAGCACUCGAACUGUAUCUGGUAAGGUAGCUUCGUUUCUUCCAUUGACUUGUUAUGAGUUCAGGGCCAGUACUCACAUUCUAAUUUGGUCACUCUCCUCUCUAAACCAUCAAAAUAACCUUUCCUAA